CUCAGAAACAAUCAACACGACCAGCUACAACUUCCGUCGACUGGUCUCUGCUCUGUUCUAGCUACUCACGGCAUGCGAUGAGCAGCGGCUCCGAUCAGUAUGGCGACCUUCUCAUUUUCGAAGAAAGUCUGCGCAAGGAAUACGCAAGGCUUCUCGUCCUCAAGCGCAAAUAUACGCUCUUCUUUGCUCUGUUGAUUGCUUGGAAUGCCUUCUUCUUCCAUGGGACGUGGGUCAAUCCGUCAGACUACAGCUACGUCUUAUUCCUCUACCGCAUCUGUCUUCUAGCAGGUCUCGUCACACUGGUUCUAUUCUAUGCAAGCGGCCUGUAUAACAGCACACUCCUCCAACCACGCAAAUUCAUCCCACAGGCGAAUCGUGGGCUGCGGCCAUUCAAUGUGAAGCUUGUACCGACGCAGACAGGUUGGCUAUCCUUUUUACGGAAGGAAAAGAUGCCUGGGGAAGCGCACGUCAAGUUGGUUGUUUCAGCGCGUGCUGGUGGUGAGCCGCAGGUGAGGGAAGGGUUUGAGGAGUAUCGACAAGCGUAUUGGCUUGCUAUGGAGGAGAAGAAGAGGACUGGUAGGGUCAGUACUGUUUCAACGAAAGCAGCAGGUGGGAGUAGUAGCAGUACGUCCAAGAGUCAUGGAAGCAGGCAACGCGCGAGUGCUACACGAGAGGUCCUGGUAGGCAGUGACUGCUCAAGGACAUGAGACGGCAUGUGAUGAGGCCCACUGAUGGUCUAAGGUCUAAUGCCUCUGUCUCGAUUGAAUAUGUCGCUCGAUAAAAGACAGCAUCAGCCUGGUACUCAGCAUGGAUACAAAGGCUUUGUAUAGUAAGGAAAAGGAAAGAAAGAAAAGCAGCG